AUGGCCACUUCGGUGCCGACACCAGAUACCUUCUUCGACUGCCUCUCUCCGAGGGAGAAAACAGGUGUCCGUUGCCUCCGACUUACGCAUUUCCUUCUCGCACGAAGCGGCCUCUUUCAGGCGGUUUGUCUUAUGUUGUGGCUCGGUGAGCGCGCUGGUCGGGAGAAGGAACCCCCGAUUCAUCCGUGGAUCGUCUAUGGCCAUGUGAGUAUUUUACAUCUUCUCCUCCUCCUCUUCCUCCUCCCACCACCUUGGUGUGAGGGCUUGUUUAUAGCAGGCCAGACCUCCCUUGGGUCGACUCUUCUUUUAACUUUCCGGUUUUCACUCUACGCGCACAACACGCGAGAAAAUGGUUUAAAAAAUGACUCACGCCUCUUAUAAUUGAUGGUUUUAUAACAAGAAACUGCAGCAGGUCUCAACUGUAACGUUGUUUUUUAUUCCAGAGUAUUACCCAGUUGACAACCUUUUAAAUCGUCGCUUUUUAAUUUCAGCGAAUAUCCCCAUGUUACAAUUGAAAAGUCAAAUUGGCGAACACGUGUUUUCAGUAACUCUUCAUCAGGCCAAAACGGUUACAAAGAAGUUUAAGUUAUGCGAAUUACCUGACUUAUAAAUGAUUCAGGGACAAUUAACACCCAUCGUUCCCACGCCACUUGCAUGACGGGGCGUGCUAUGGCGUGGUCGGCGUGUCGUGGUCAUUGGGUUAAAGGGGGGGCGAGGGAGAGGGGGGCCAUAGGUUGUGAGUACGUCGGGUACCUUUUGCACACACCCUGGCAUCAGGAAGUUGGGGCGACGUUGGAGUCGGCGUCGGUCACGGAAGACAGAGCGCCUGUGUCAGAGUCUUCUGACAGCAAAGCACUGGAUUGGCUAGCCGUAUAGCCACUGCCUCAGCUGUAGCUAGCACCCGUUGGCGUAGGCCUCUAGGGAAGCUUGCUGGUGUCCGGUAGACAAUCUGAAAGGCUUCUUUGGCAUCGACUCGGUGAUUCGUAUCGACAAGAUGUGCGAGAAUAGAACUCGAGAUCGAUUUCUUCUCACCUUUGCCUCAGAAAUCCUCACCUUUCCUCAGAAAUCAUCUACGAAGUUCGAGUAGAUCAAUUUUUUAAGGUCUACAGGCUCAGACCGAGAAUCAUAUACAUGAAUAUUUGGGCCAAAAUCCAUCAGCCACAGCGGGUAACCGCGUAAUAUUCAUUAACUGCCGACGGACAGUUAGUAGUAGAUAUAGGGUAAGGUGAUACCUUACUAACAACAUGGGUAUUAACCGAAAGCCCAAGUUCGCAGUUAAUUUCUGAGAAAAUUAAAAAGCACAAAUUGUAAAUUGGAGUAUCUACCAGGAAGCAGACAGGGAAUGCCGAACCUCUGGUUUUCUGAUGUCAUAAAUAAGGAACAUGCGUAUAGGCAGACAAGCAAGUCGUGGGGUUGCUUUUACAGCUUCAAUUUCUAGGUCCCUUCUGGCCAAUAACGCAGUUCAACAGUCAUUUGCAGAAUUGAUGGUUUUCACUGAGCGAAGUUAGUGCCGUCAUGAGAUCACGAUUUUCGUCAUAUCCUUGGUGUAACUUUGGCGAACGAAUUAGUUGGCAUUUUCUACCCGGCAUGAUGCGUGACAUGUCAGGGAACCGACCGGCCGUAAGUUUUAAUCACUCUCCUGAUACAGACUGCUAUGCCAUUACCUGGUUUAUCUCAGUGUAUUGGCUUUGAGCCGCGGUAAUUUGGGGGAGUUCAUGCCAGCGAUUUUGGCUCACCCCAAAAGGCGCUUGCCUACUUAUUUAGUGCAAUAAAUAUACCUUCCAUUUUUCGCCCCGUUCGACGACAGGUUCGUAACAGAAGCUUAAAAAUUCACGAGUACAACUCUCAAGUUCUUACUUUGAUAUGUAAAUUCUAGAAUACGUGGGGAAUGCAUUUUGAGUUCAGUUAAGGUUUAUCAGAAGCAUGUCGAGUUACUUCCCUCGAACCGUCAAAUUUCUAAUGCAAAUCCUUAGCCAGAUGAGAAAAAAGUAGAUCAAAAUUAAAAUUAUCUGUUGGCUUUUAAUUUCCACAGAAAGUAACUGCGAACUUAGAGAAGUUCAGCAUAUCAUAGGUCUAUAGGCUCGGAUUGAAGGUUUACGCAUGAAUAUUUGGGCCGAAGUUCAUCAGCCACAGCGGAUAACCGCGCAAUAUUCAUCAACUGCCGACGGACAGCUAGUAGUAGACAAUAGGGUAAGGUGAUACCAUACUGACAGCCUCGGUAUUAGCCGGAAGCCCAUACACGCGUGCGGUAUUAUGCCGCUGCAUAAAACAGCUGUGCGGAGUUCGGCUCAUCAGUGAGUCCCCCGGCAUUCCCCGUCUGUUUUCUGGUAGAUACUCCAACUUAAAAUUUGCUGUUUUUCAAUUUCUUCAGCAGUUCACUGCGACCUUGGAGUAGAUUAAUAUAUACUAGACCUAUUGCCUCAGACUGAAGUUGUAUAUAUUAAUAUUGGAGCCGAUGUCCAUAAGCCACAACGAGUAACCGCGUGAUAUUCGUUAACUGCCGAAUGGCAGCUAGUUCUAUACUUUAGGGUAACGGGAUACCUUCAUAACAGCAGGGGUAUUAGCCGAAAGCCUAAGUUCACAGUUAAUUUCUGAGAAAAUUUGAAAGCACAAAUUGUAAAUUGGAGUAUCUACCAGGAAGCCGAACGCCUGGCAGCUCUCUCAUGCAGCGGCAGAAUGCCGGCAAGACACGCGUGUAUGGGCUUUCGGCUAAUGCCUGUGCUGUUAGUAUGGUAUCCCUUUACCCUAGAUUUAAAUUAUCACACUAAAGCGUUUGCAGCCAUGGACAUUACAUAGAUGGAACACAGAUGCGUGCAAGUGGUAGACAAACAAUUAUGGUUACGGCUUCUUUUGCUGAAGGAGAAGGAAUGAGGGAGCAAUAGAAAGAGGAGGGAUAGUGGCCCAAAGAGAUCGCGGAUGGAUACCAUUACUGUUCGCAUUGGUGUACUCGACACCGAGUUAUUCCCUGACCCGUUUCUUGUCGGUCAUGGCAAAUACCUCAGCAUCGCCACACCUGGAUCCUUGGUGACACUCGAUUGCUUCCCGAAAGACGAAAGACAGGGAUGUAACCGCGACAGACAGAUAGUUUGUUCUCGCCAACACGCCCACCCAGGCAUCGGCUCGUCAAACUAGCAUGCUUGCGGGUGGGUUACGAUACAUGCGUCCGUUUCUUGCUCUUUGGUGAUGAAAUUCUUUAUACUGCAUGCAGUGAUGAUGCUGACUUGUGGGCGAUGCAGGCGUAAAAAUGAUUCAGCCACCGAGAGAUCACUUCCGAGUUUACGCAUGUACGAGAAACAGGGGGAAACAUUUAUGCAGCAAAAUAUCCCCAUUGAGAGCGGGACUUGUAGCCGUAUUUGAAGCAUAAAAAGACCGAAUAUCUGUUAUGCUGAAGUAACCGAUAGAGAUGACCUAACCCUUUACUAGGUGAAUGAUAAGCCCGGUGUAUUAGAGCACUGACACAGCUUCGUUUGUGAGCUCAGGGAUAACUGUUUGGAGAACCUAGCGUAAUCACCCCCCUAUAUUUGUUUUAAAGGUACCAGCACUGAACCCUUGUAUGCUCGCAACCCAAGAUGGCAGGAUAAGGAGGGGGGAUAGUGACUCAGGGAGACUGCGAACGACUAUCGCUACUGCCCCCUCACACCCAGGUGAUACCUUACUAACAGUAUGGGUAUUAACCGAACGACCAAGUUUGCAGUUAAUUUCUGAGAAAUUUGAAAAGCACAAAUUGUAAAUUGGAUUACCUACCAGGAAGCAGACGGGGAAUGCUGGGGACCCAGUGAUGAGCCGAACCCCUCGCAGCUGCGCAAUGCAGUGCCGUAUUCGCGCUUAAUGGACCUCACUAUUUCUCCCGUCUCAUUUACUGCAAGUCAGGGCUGAGCUGUCUGGACAUAAGGUUAAUCGCAGCACCUUACUUGGCAUAAAGCUGCGCAUGCAAAACAGUAUUUGAGGGCCCAUCAGACAGGGAAAUGCGACUCCUGCCUUGGUUUAGUGCAGGGGCGUUGCGACCCACUUAGGCACCUCCACCCCGACUAGAUUUCCUACUUGUGUCCUACAGCCACGGUUGUAGCGCCAACAUCUCUGGCGAAUCGGUCCACCGGUCUAGCUGCCCUUUUGAGCUGAGGGACGGAAACGGAUUGUACGCAACUUUUCACCCGAUUGACUCACCGUUUGUGAUACAAAAACGUGGGAGGAUAGUAUACUUAUGUCUUUAGCUAGCAUGUGGCGCGAGAGGUUGGAGUGGGUACGUCACCGAAGCAGAGGUCCAUAACCAGCGACCUAUCUCUGGAAAGUUGGGCCAGCUACUUAAUCGUCUCGAGGCUUGUUGUGGCCCCAGCCGGAUCGAGUGACGGUGGCGUACGUGGUCCAGUCUAGUUCUUAUUGCUUUACUGUGCCAUAUCCGCCGUCGUUGCUGCGGAUUAGUUACCGGGAGUCAGCCGUAGGAUGGGCACUUGCUGGCUCGACCGUCGCAUCCGCAGUGGUGGGCGCAGGACUUGUGCAGCAUGCGCCACAUUCGGAGUCGCGAUGGCCGGAGCGGAACAGCACGUCUGCGCGGGCCACACACGAGCUACUCCAGCAGGUAUGUACCACUACUGCUAUGACUACUCAAGUAGCAUGUAUUUUUCUCAUUGAUUUUCGACGCCCUUAAAAAUGCUCGGCUUCGCCAAGGUAGCAGAGGGAGAGACCGAAGAAAAGGGAAUGCUGGUUGAUGCAGUACUGUUAAUCGUCCACCCUACCUUCACACAUAUAUACAGUAGGUGGGCAAACUCAGGAAAUGUCAGCCGAAAGUCCGAAAUGCAUUUUCGUUUCGAAAAGAUUAAUUAAGUAGGGUUGUAAAACUACUCAGCCUGCGGCUUAAUUCUAUAAUGUUUCAGUUACCUCAGGAUGCCGGCUUUCGAGCGAACAGCCUUUCGGCUGCAUGAAAAGACCACACUCUGUAAAAAAAAUGACUACUAAAGUAGCACGCAUUUUUCUCCAUGAUUUUCGAUGACCCUAAAUGUUCAAUUGUAUUUCAAGGAAAGCAUGCACAAAAAUAUUCAUUCUUUUGCGCAUUCGGUGGAAAAUUACGUCUUUUUUACUUUUAUACGCGUAGGAAGGACAUAAUUCGGUUUUCAACAAGUUUCUAAUUGUGAGACUUUUUUAUACCGUGAAGUGGCCGUUCAUAAUUCGUCAUGUCACAGCAUUUACCAAUGUGGCUUGUAAAGUUAACAAUAUGGAUCAGAUCCGCUGCUAAAUUUUAUGAACCCUAUAUGAUCUCCUCCUAAUACCGUAGAUAAAUGUAAGGAUUUCCGUACGCAGAAAGUAUACGGCUUGUAGUUUGGAAAUCUUGAAUUCAAGUGUAAAGGCUGGUCGGGUUCAAAGUUAUUGGGGAAUUGGAAAAGUUUUUAAAAAUCGAAUUAUAACCUUCUUUCGACUAUGAGAUUGGAAGAAGACGUAAUUUUCUACCGAAUGAGCAAAAGAAUGAACAUUUUUAUGCAUGUUUUCCAUGAAAUAUAAUUGGACUUUUAGGGGUAUCGAAAAUCAAUGAGAAAAUUUUCUGCUUCUUAAGUUGUCAUUUUUUACAGAGUGUGGUUUUUUCAUGCAACCAGAAGGAAGUUCGUUCGAAAGCCGGCAUCCAGAGGUAACUGAAAUAGUAUAGAAUUAUGUUGCAGGCUGACUAGUUUUACAACCCUAUUUAAUUAAUCUUUCGAAACGAAAACGCAUUUCGGUUGACUUUUCAUGAGUUAACCCACGUACUGUAUGUACCAGAUUUUAACAAGAAGAGGCAGUUCUAGCCCAUCUGAGUGGGAGUGUCAUAGAGGCCACAUUCUGACGGGAGUCAGGGAUCCUAAGAGGAUCGACUUACCCUGGCAGUUGGCCACGACUGCUAGCGCACCGUGGCAGAUUCAGACGCGUGGGUCUUUUGUGGCAAAGAACGCGCCAACGUGCUGUUAGGCAGUGGGAGUUUCCAGAGUCGAUCUUACUCAUUCUUCUCACUCCCCUCGCACCAAUCCGCUGUCCGAUCCGGUCAGCCAGUUGGUGUUGCAAUUGGCUACGAGAGGCUGGUGCGUUCUGGGGCCUGCGCCUGGGCGUGACACUUCUCACGGUAUGCGCGGACUCUCCGCUGUCCGGUUUAUGCAUUCUGUGUCGCAAUCUAGCUGCCGUUUUGGUCCAGCGCAUCCCCAACCCGGCCUGUCUACUGUCAGUCAACUACGCUCCCCCCCCCCUUGUUGCCAUUCUAGGCACUUGUCUACCUCGUCUCCUCAACCGGCCUCUCAUCCCGCUUCCUCUCACGCAUCUCCGUCUACGCAGUUUGUGCCAUUCAGGUGCACUCUGCCUACCUCUUCCUCACGGCGCCAGCACUCGGCUACCAGAUCUGGCUGCGCAUGCGUUCGGCACUGCGCUCUGUGGCGGUGGCCGGGGCCAGUUUUCGCCUCCUCUCCACCAAUCAGUACUCGAGUGCCAGCUACGUGGACAGGCUGGGCUGUGGCCUCUUGGGCCUGGUGAAUGGUCUGCUGGGCGUCCUCUCACUGCCCUUUGAGGCCACCAGGAUGCACCAAGAGGCACAGAAUCAUGAGCAUGCAGCCACACUGGGCCUGCUCAACUGCAACUCCUUCCAUUGGUUCGUCGGGGGCCUCUUUUUGGUCGCCUUCAUCGCCUACACCUUCCCCGUAAUGGUCGUGCUGCCGGCGUCAAAGAUAGCUUCGGGUGAGUGCUGUUUUGCAAAACACUGCCAUUUUCAUGGAAUAUUGUGUAGUUCUGACGGCGGCUUUUGUGCGCGGAUACUGUCAUUUCACAAGCAGACUAAUCAUCACUUACUCCGAGACGGAUGAUAUGUUAGCUUAGUGGGGAUUCUGAAAGAACAGCAGGACAUUGGCUGAAACCUAGGACAAGGGGGACUGGGACAGCUGUUUCCGGCCGGUUGGCCACACAACCGGCCACACACGCCCCCAAAUCUGGACGACCUGGAAUUCGAGCCCGGGCUCUGUAAUCAUCGAGCGUGAAGUAACCCCGCCUUUCAGCACUGAGCCACGGUCCCGUUGUCCUACUGGUUGUUGACUGGAAUGUUAGCAGUGGGGCCUCUUUUUGGUUGCCUUCAUCGCCUACACCUUCCCAGUAAUGGUCGUGCUGCCGGCGUCAAAGAUAGCUUCGGGUGAGUGCUGUUUUGCAAAACACUGCCUUUUUCAUGGAGCCCCUUAUUGGGGAUGUUGUGUAGUUCUGACGGCGGCUUUUGUGCGCGGACGCACCAGCGGACUGAUCAUCACCGACUCCGAGGCAGGUGCUAUAUUAGCUUAGGGGGAAUUCUGAAAGAAAAGCAGGACAUUGGCUGAAAUCUAGGACAAGGCGAACCGGGACAGCUGUUUCCGGCCGGUUGGCCGUCAUCAGCAAGCCACACACGCCCUGGAUGACCUGGGAUUCGAGCUCGGGCUCUGUAAUCAUUGAGCGUGAAGUAACCCUGCCUUCCAGCACUGAGCCAAGGUCCCGUUGUCCUACUGGUUAUGGUCUGGGGUGUUAGCAGUUGUUCGGGGACGUCAACGGACCGAUUAACGAGACGUGCACGUCCCGUUGCGCCUUGGAGCCCUGUCAGGCAGUGCCAAAGCGACCAGUACUGAUACAGGAAGAACUGUGGAGCUCCAGAUUGUGCGCUAAAUCGCAGGGGCGUGAGCAUGCCUCUCAACCAGGUCAGCGAGCGUCCUUCGCAGGAUAAGAACUUAAAUAUGUCUUUUGUUAGAAAAUACUACUUGUGGGGCAUUUCAGUAGUAGUGGCCCCUGGGCGGAGUUCCAAUUAAAUGAAUGAGACGUCAAAUGCUUUCUUCCAGCUGCGAACGGUUGAAGCCAUCUGCACCGCCCUCAUUCGCGUGACGAACAUAUUGUGAAAGUCUUCCCAUCUUCUUGUAGACAGGACCGAGGAACGCGUCAUUUCUUACGAUCUCUAUGUGUGAGAUGGCAUCCUUAGAUGUAGUGUUCGCGAGUAUAGACCACUUUCGCAUCCGGGUAUUCGGUGGUCCUUCUUUUUUUCGUAAUUAAGGACGAUCUUUCCUAACACCAGAUUUCACUUUUUUGUGCUGGAUUGCUAACGCAGGAAUUUCAUCCACCUCAAAGGCCUCUUGGCGUAGUUAGCACGCAACACCGUUUCUCAGCACUCUCUGCUGCAUUUGCUACCGUAGGCGGCAUAACUACGGCUAAACAGUCUUUACCACCAGAAAACACAUUUAAUAACCCCUGUUAUGUUGCAUGAUUUGCCAUAGAAAUAGCUGGUUCGAAACAGACCUAGUUCAUUCACACACGGCUUCUUCUCAUUCUACUGUUCUUCAUUUUGUCAAGACGGCUCCUCAUCUGCGGACGGCUUCCUCACAAGGCUUACACGCCUGGCGGACAAGUGUUGCAUCCUCGCCUGGCUUCUGAUCCUUUUCACUCGCGACUGCAACCUCAACUACUGGCAGAGUCAGGGCGUGGACUACUACCUGCAGACACGCUUCCUCCUUGAUGAUGUUCUAGUCAUCCUCUCCAUCCUGGUGGGAGGCAGUCUGCCCUGGCUCGGUGGCGUCACCGCCAAAGCGCGAGCGGAGAGGGAUAAACUGAGAAAGCGCGACUAA